CAGGCCAUCAGCUCGACAGCAGCGACGCAGCGCAACAGAUUCUUGUAUAUCACGUAUCUUGUUCAGCAGUGUGUAGUGUAAAGCCCUGCAAUGACCAUGAACCUCAGUCUUCCUGAGCAAAGCAUGCACAGCUCCAGUGAAGGCUGCCUAGACGAUGACAAACCUGAUGUCAUGCUGCCGUGCUUCCACAGAAGCAUGUAUGAUGAGCCUCUGGCCUCAUACUCAAACGGAUCCAUCAUUUCUCAACUCCUCCGCAAGACAAUCCACAACAAGAGGGCACUAGAUGAAUGCCCUUUCUACCUCUCCAGCUCCACUGCUGCUGACUGCGGCCAGGAGGACCAGAGCAGUGUCUCCUCAAAGGACAGCACAGUCGAAGCUGCAUCCCCCAGUGGUCACGCCCCUACGGGAGGCAGCCCAGAUGGAGAGCAUUCUAUGUCUGAUCAUCUGCAGGCCAAGAGAGCCAGAGUGGAGAACAUUAUCAGAGUCAUGGUUGGGUCUCCCAACAGCAGGCAGCAUGGAGACAGUGAGAGGUCUGAAUCGGAUGGAAGAGACACCAGAGAGGCCAGAGAAGCAUACAGGGAGAACAAACGUAAGCAGAGGUUGCCUCAGCAUCAGGAACACAGUGCUGCGGGGCAGGUGAGCAGAAAACCUGGAAGCAGCAAUAGUGAUAACUGCAACACCAAGGAUGAGGAGUGCCACAAGUUGAAAGAACAGCUCCACAGCAUGCAGCGGCUCCUGCGUCAGCUCCAGGAAAAGUUCCUUCAGGUUUACAACCAGGAAGAACCUGAAUAUGACAGAGAUGAAGCAGAAGCUGGUGUUGAGCGUGACAUCCUGGGAGAAAGAGCAGAGUCGCAUUACAUGAGCGCUGAAGAUGAUUUUGAGAGGAAAAAUAACAGGGUGGCUGCAGAGUGUAAGGACCGAAUGAAAGUUGCUGAUUACCUGAUACAACAAAGAGAAAGUCAGAAUAUACAGGAAACUCUGAAGCAGGAGCUCACCAGGGCUGUUAAUGAUUGUGUGGACAGGGUAUUCAAGAAUGUGUCCUCCAAAGGCCUGGACCUGUCCCCUCAGCAGCAUAUUUGCUCAUCACCAGAGAUGCAAAUUAGCACAGGUGCAGAGAGGAAGAGCCAGCAAGCCAGCUCUGCCCUUGACCAAUCCCAGGCUGAGGGAGCUGGAAUAAAAUCUCGGUCAUUAGAGUACUAUGAAAGUGCUGAGGCUCAUAGCCCACAGGACCAGACCGAGGCGCUGUCACUGGUAGUGCGGAAGCCUGCGGUGCCACCUAUGAGUUCAGCCACUCCCACAGUGAAGAGGCCCUACCCUGUGCACCAGCCACCCUUUCAGUUCAGUUACAGCACCCCUCUGCAUGACAGCCACAUCCUCGAGCACCUUCUCAAGUACGGGCCCCAUUCCAACUUUGGGGGUCUCCCUUGCCUGCCCCCAUCAAUGGACAGAACCUCCCCAGACUCGGUCGACCUGCCCUGGGACACCAUUGCAAUGAGAUCCAAGGUCACAUCCAGCCACCUCGGCCAUCACCCUCGUCCUUCCUCCCUGGGGGGGGUGACAGUCGACAAUCUGUGUCUCCCUCACGUCAAGAUCGAGUGCGGUGAACUGCAGAGCAUGGCUGAAAGAAACCCGUAUAUGUCUCUAAACAUCCAGGAGGGUCUCACCCCGAGUCAUCUGAAGAAGGCGAAGCUCAUGUUCUUCUACACCCGCUACCCCAGCUCCAAUGUGCUGAAGACCUUCUUCCCUGAUGUCAAGUUCAAUCGCUGCAUCACCUCCCAGCUGAUCAAGUGGUUCAGUAACUUUAGGGAGUUCUACUACAUCCAGAUGGAGAAGUUUGCCCGCCAGGCCAUCGUUGACGGCGUCGCUGAUGUCAAAGACAUCACGGUUAGCAGGGACUCAGAGCUUUUCCGGGCACUCAACAUGCACUACAAUAAAGCCAAUGACUUUCAUGUGCCCGAUAGGUUUCUUGAGGUUGCCGAAAUUACCUUGCACGAGUUUUACAACGCUAUUUCCGCAGCUAAAGAUUCAGAUCCCUCUUGGAAAAAAGCCAUAUACAAGGUAAUCUGCAAACUGGACAGCGACGUCCCGGAGGAGUUCAAGACAUCUUCCUACUUAUAGGCUGAAGUGGAGAAACCGUGCAGGUGAAGGAAUAGGUGAUUUUUGAAAUUAGUCAUCUGGCAGUGCUCAUAUCAUAAUUUAUUGUAGUGUGUUUUAGUGAGGUGAACUGUAGAUUCAAUUUGUACAAACCCAUUCCCCACACAAUUUUAAGAGUUAUAAAUCUAUCAUCUGAAAACAACACAUAGCAAUGCACUCGUGGAGUUUUGUAGUGUUCACUCAUAUAAUCUGAGAGUUUUUGAGUUUG